AUGUCCCCAAGGUCAACAGCACCCCCGCCGGAUCUGGACCAGCUGGACAGUAACAAGGACAAGAUCCCUGCAUGUCAAUCCUGUCGGCGCAAAAAAGCCAAAUGCGACCGGGAACAGCCAUGCUCACAAUGCGUCCGCUUCAAUGUAAUCUGUCUCUACGACAACGGCCGCCUGAAACCGGGCCUGCGAGCCGGGGCAGUCGAACAGCUGCAACGUCGGGUGGACGCGCUGGAGAACAUGUUCAUCGGUCAGGGAAUUCUGUGGCAAAAGAUCUGGGAUACGGUCAGCAACUCAGCAGGCGAUGUUCCGCAGAACGGCAGAGACCUCGAGAGGAUUAGCAUAGAUCAGGUCCGCGAUCGCGUCAAGGACACUCUACUGCAGCUGGCAGAGGACAAUGAAGGGUGCCUUCGUUCGGUAGUUGACGACGCCCAUGAGGACAGCAUUGAGCGAGAUGCCCCUCCUGCUAAACGCAGAAAGAUCGAGUCACAAUCAAGCGCGACCGGGCGACUAACUCCGCCGGGCCAUUCUUCAUCGGCUCAUCUCAGCGCGCAUGGCCUGCCAUCUCGAGAAGUGAUGAACGAUCUGGUCGAGUUCUACUUUGCAAAUGUCCACCAUUGGAUACCCAUUCUCCAUGUGAGAAAAUUCCGGGAGCAAAUACAGACCACUGAAGGUUGGGACAAAGCGAUCCAUAUUUUGCAUGCUAUCGUGGCGACCUGCAUCCGCUUCAGCCAUCACUCUGACGCCGGCACCAACGAGGUCCGCAGGGAAAUGGCGGUUGCCAGUCGACAAAAGGUCAUUCUUAACAGUAUGGAGUCCUUUUCGGUCGAGAAUCUGCAGGCCCUGGUUAUUAUUGCUUUUGAUACUAUUGGCAGUGGCCGCGGGCCAUCGGCAUGGUCGAUUGUCGGUAGUAUGACUCGCACCGUUGAACAACUUCAGCUUAGUGUAGAAGAGUCGCAGGGUGAUCAGGGAUCCGAGGAGGGCGAGUUUCUCAUCCAGCGCAUGGUCUUCCUCAAACCAUCCAAGUUCUGGUGGCAGGCUGAGGAGCGACGGAGGGUAUUUUGGACUGUUUUUCUGAUGGACCGAUUUUGCAGCGUGUCGACGGGAUGGAACCUCAGUCUCACGAGUGCCGAUGUCAAGCGCAGACUGCCCUGCGAAGGUGCUCUCUGGCAAAAGGAAUACGAGGUGCGCGCACCAUUCUUUGGCAUCUCCGACAAAAGCACUUUGAGCAGCAGUAGUCCGAAUCUCGUCGACAGUGACCCUGCCAAAGGCGACCCGGAGCAGGAUGCGAUCGGGGGAUUCGCAUAUUGCAUCGAGGCGACCGAGUCGCUUACCCUCGUCAUUAACUUCUUUCUGCAGCACGCCUUGAACCUUCAGAACGCGCAAAAGGCACAGCUGUGGCUGAUGAAGUUCAAGGAGCUCGAUCUGCGCCUCGUGCAAUGGAAGCUUUUCCUGCCACCCAAAUGGCGCACCGCAUCGGUCUUAAAUGAGGAUGGAGUGAUGGAUCCGAACCUCACUCUGGCACACAUGACCCACAACACCGCGGUCAUUCUCCUUCAUCAGAGCAUCGCAUAUCCGCCCUCGCACUGGAAACAGUGUCCUGUGAGACUCCCAUCCGUGGCCUCUGCGGAGACCUGCAUCGAGGCUGCGGCGGAGAUUGCUACCAUCGGCCAACAAUUCCUUCAUCACUCGCCUAUACUCACCAAUCCGCAAUUCUCGUUCUGCCUUUUUAUCGCCGGUCGCAUGCUUUUGACUCAUUCAACUUAUACCAAAACCCCAAUUCCCGAUCAACUGGACAGCAUUGUCGCCGGUCUCUGGGAGAUUUCCCGACGAUGGGCGGGCCCGAACACACCUGGCCUGGAAAAUCUGGCAUCCGUCUUCGCAAAAAGACUACUCAACGCACGUAAGCAUGCGUCCGGUCGGGCCAGCCUGGAUAUCCGGCGAACUGUAUAUUCGGACUCCACAGAACGAGCGGACCCAGUGGCGGAGCAAGACUCGGACGGCAACGAGGGGCCUGUCAAUUCCCAAUCUCGGACAAAUCUUCAGCGUGGCUCGUUUGACGGUUCUCACUCAGCAAGCCCAAACCUUCCGACUUAUGCAGGCGAUUGGAGCAACAGUGACCCUAUGCAGAAUGGGCCCUCCCCAAACGGCUCGCUCUACAACGCUCUCAGUCUCGCCUUUCCGCCGCUUCCUCUCUCGCUGCAGCCACAGUAUGCACCGAUGUCGGACGUACAUAUGCUCGACCCGGCUCUCCUGCGCAAGGAUCAUGUCUCAUCUCUGUAUUCCGGUCCGCCUGUAGAGACAUUGCAUGCACAGCCGCUGUGGGAUCCGGUGGCCCAGUCUUAUAAUGAUUGUAAUAAUAACCCGCAUCCUGAUUAUGCGAGUCGUUUCGUGGACUUACCAUCCAGUCCAGGGCAUCGAAUAAGUCGGUACGGAAAUCCUCUGAACGGUGAAAACCUCCCUUCCAACGGCGAAGUACCGGGCAACAUCCGAUGA